GGACGCUGAUUGGGUAAGCAAAGGAACAGGACGUGUAAUACACGGAACUUCGAAAUGUGGAUAUUUGCCGAAAUUACGCUAGAUACGGAAGCAAAAAAACAGUAAUCUUUAUCUUUUGAGAUUCAAGCAGUGAGAUUUUGAGCAGUGGUGUGUGGGAAAAAAAAACAGUAAACGUCCCUGCUUGUAGUUAUUGGCGCUCAGCUGAAAGUGAAAAUAAACGCAAGGUUUGUGUAAGUUCAAACAUGGCGUCCGCGAUGGACGAGGAUAUUACCGACAGACCGUCUCUUCUCGAGUCUGAUCUGAGCUGUCCGGUGUGUAAGGACCUUUUCCAAGACCCCAUGCUACUCUCAUGCGGUCACAGCUUUUGCCAAGCGUGUCUGGAGUCCAGCUGGAAGCACAACCGCUCGAAGAUGUGUCCCGUGUGUCGGAGAAACUGUGAAGGAGAGACUCCGAUCCUGAACCGGGCCCUUAAAAGCACAGCCGAGUCUUUUCAGAAAGAGAGAGGAUGGCGCGUUACCAGAGCUCCAGAUGUGAUCUGCGGCCUACACCUACGCGAGCUGCAGCUGUUCUGUGUUCAUGAUGAGGAGCCCAUAUGUGCGGAGUGUGUUAGCCUGCAUUCCAGCCAUGACGUCAGGCCUGUAGACCAUGGAGUUAAAUACUGCCAGGAAAUGCUUGACUUAAAAGUCAAGAUACUUGCUGACAAAUUGGAGUAUUUUAAGAAGAUGAAGAAACGAUGCAACGAGACAAUCGGUUAUAUUCAGAGCCAGUCAGUGGAAGCAGAGAAGCAAAUCAGACAGCUGUUUGAGAGGCUCCAUAAGAUUCUGAAUGAAGAAGAAGCUUCCAGAAUUACAGCCCUAAAGAAAGAAGAGGAACAGAAGAAAAAGAUGCUGAAUGAGAAGGUUGAAAGCAUCAGCCGUGAUAUCACCUCUCUCACUGAGCUGAUUCAGUCACUGAGGAAGGAGAUGAUUGCAGAGGAUUUGGUUGUACUACAAAACUACCAGAAUCUUAAACUUAGAGCCCAGUGGACAGAUGAACAAUCCCAGAAGUUUCCUCCUGGAGCUCUCAUCGAUGUGGCCUUGCAUGUUGGAGCACUGGAUUACAAAGUUUGGGAGAGCAUGCGGUCACAGAUCAAAUGCUUUCCAGUGCUGAUGGAUCCAAACACUGUUUCACCAUGGCUCUCCAUGUCCCCUGACUAUGCAAGUGUGAAAGAGAGCACAGAGAGGCAAUCAGUCCCAGACAACCCUGAGCGCUUUGACCCCUGUGUCUUUGUCCUGGGCUCAGAGGGUUUUGUGUCAGGUCGCCACCGCUGGGAGGUCAAUGUAGGUGAUAACCCAAAGUGGGUCCUCGGAGUGUGUAAAGAGUCUGUGGCCCGCAAGAGGAAGUUCACAGUGACUACAUCAGGAGGCGUGUGGAGCAUCGGCUUAAGUAAAGGCGUGUACAGCGGUCUGACUUCUCCUCGCACCACACUAACUGUGGCGAAGAGGCCAGAGACAAUCAGGGUGAAAGUCAACAUGGAAAAAGGAGAGGUGUCCUUCUGGGAUGCAGACAGUGGGGCACACCUCAUCACCUACAACGACACAUUCCGUGGGAGGCUCUUCCCUCUCUUUGGCCCUGGGCUCCACAAAACUCCUAUGGCUAUCCAGCCUGCCAAACUCACCAUCCAUAAGUAGCAAUGAUAUGCAUGGGGGAGUAACGAUACAGUGUGACAUAUCGUAUUGUUGAAUACAUGGCUCUUGAUUUGAUAUAUUUGCAUAUUAAACAGAGUUCAUAUUGAAUUGAAUACCACUGCAUCUGUGCCAACAACAUCAUGGAGAUGACGACUCUCGCUCUCGCUCGCCCUUUUUCUCUCUGCUGCUUUACGAUAGCAUUUCCCAGUUGAUCUGGGUUAAAGAAAUUUGUGGGGCUAUUGGGAAGUUUGUAGCUGCAAAUAUAAGACUUUGUAUAUUUCAGAAUGCAGUACUUCAAAAAAAAAAAAAAAACAGCAGGGUUGCCAGGUUUGUGGAUUUUAAAACAAAAUUGGGAUGGUUUUGAAACGACGUUGCAGGUGGAAAAAUUAAGUCGGUGAAGGCACAAGGACUGAGAAAAAGAAGAAAUAAGGUGGAACUGCACACCAGUGUAAGAUUGACCACAGCACUACUGUUUAAUUAGUCAUGCUUAACCACUGUGUCAAUAUAAAGUUUCAGUGAAUUUUAUAUUGUUGAAUGUUCGAAAAUGGCGCCUGUAUCGAAAAUGUCACAUCAAGACGCCGCUGUAUUGUAUCGUAUUUGGGUUUUGUGUAUCGUUACCCCUGCAGGGUAAACAUAUUUUGUGUAUAUAAACAUAAACAAGUGUGGUGUGGAAAUGGCAAGAGAACUCUGUGAAAGAUGGGGAAGUGGGUAAAAAGGGACUGGGGAGACUCACUACAGUUUUGGAUGUGAUACUGAGGCUAUUCUUUGAGUAUAUUGUAAGCUUGGGAAGACUAAAUCUAGAAAAUAUACCGGCAUAUUAAUUUAUCACAGAACUGGUCAAAUAUCUUACUAAUUUGUUUCACUGGGUUGGAGUUAUAAACAUAUGUUAUUUAUUCUUGGAGUCCUUAAAAUUGUUUAAACUUCUAUAAGCGAUUGCCAUUUAGCAAACUUACAACUUUCUUUAUUUUAUUUUCAUUUUUUUGCUGGUAAAUUUUAUUUCCAUAAAUUGCUAUAGCUGAAGUGUGAACGCAUUCAUGUUAUUAAUGUAAUUCUAAAAAGCUGCUGACUUUUAAAGCUGAAAAUAUUUUGAAUGUUCUGUUUAAAAAAAAUCAUUUUAGCUUGCAUGCAAAGAAUUCUCUUGGACGGCAUCGGAUGGAAUAAAAUUUAUUUUUCACCUUG